AACCGGCUGUAUCUAUACAGUGUGAUUAGAAAACAUGCGUCAAUACUACACACUCCAGUUCAGAUGUUGGCGGUAAUGCACUGAUAAGCUAGUCUGCCAACCCCCAGCAAACACUUAAAGAAGUAGGAGAAGCUGCUGCUUUCGGACGCAACAGUCCUUUGAGGAGAGAAAGAAAUUCACGUUCCCUGAAGCUCCUCCCACAAACCCUGCAGAAUGAAACAGAUUGAAGAGACUGAAGAACACACAGAGUUCAUUGAAGAAAAUAAGGUGAAAGAAGAACCGAGUGAAACUGAAGAGAAAAAUCAUGCUAAACCUGGAGAAAAUCCUUUGAGUUGCUCUCAAACCAAACAGAAAGAAUUCAGUAAGAGUAGAGUCAAGAAAUCUUUCACCUGCUCUCAGUGUGGAAAGAGUUUCUCAAGGAAAUCUAAAUGUGAUCUUCAUAUGAGUGUUCACACUGGAGAGAAACCAUACACAUGUGAUCUGUGUGGAAAGAGCUUCACACAAUCAUCAAGCCUUAAGUUACACAUGUACAUCCACACUGGAGAGAAGCCAUACAAGUGUUCACACUGUGACAAGAGAUUCAGUCAGUCAGGAUACCUGAAUAUACACAAGAGGAUCCACACUGGAGAGAAACCGUACACAUGUGGUCAGUGCGGGAAGAGUUUCACAAUAAAAGCACAUCUUACAGAGCACAUGAGAGUUCAUACCGGAGAAAAGCCAUUCACUUGUGACCAGUGUGGGAAGAGCUUCACAAUAAAAGCACAUCUUACAGGGCAUAAACGAGUUCAUACUGGAGAUAAACCGUACCCAUGUGAUCAAUGUGGGAAGGGUUUCACACAAUCAGCAAACCUUAAGAGACACAUGAACAUCCACACUAGAGAGAAACUGUACACAUGUGAUCAAUGCAGAAAAACAUUUUUGUGGGCUUGGUACCUGAAGAAACACAUGAGAGUUCAUACACAGGAGAAGCCAUAUUCAUGUGAUUUGUGUGGAAAGAGUUUUUCAUGUUUAAAAAAUUCACAAAAUCAUCAGAAAAUUCACUCUGGUGUGAGAGACCAUGUGUGCUAUGGGUGUGAAAAGACUUUUAUUUCAGCGGACCGUUUAAAACUGCACCAAAGGAUUCACACUGGAGAAAAACCUUACAAGUGUUCACACUGUGACAAGAGAUUCAGUCGGUCAGCAAACCUGAAAACACAUGAGAGGAUCCACACUGGAGAGAAACCUUACAAGUGUUCACACUGUGACAAGAGAUUCAGUGUGCCAGGAGCCCUGAAAAGACAUGAAAGGAUCCACACUGGAGAGAAACCGUAUCACUGCACUGCAUGCGGGAAGCGUUUCAGUCGUUCAUUUUCUCUACACAGUCAUACAAAACACUGUCACAGAUCAUCUUCAGAUCCAGCACUUUCAGAUCGGAUGCAGCAUCCUCAGCAAAUGAGACACAAUAAUGAAUCAAGCAUUAACAUAUCGUCUUGAUAAAUCUGUCCUAACCAGACAUUACAAGUGACAUGAUGAAGAAACAUUAUCUAGUUUUCACAGUGAAUAAAGCUCAUCUUCAAAACCAACAGAUUCAACUGUGAGAUUUAGAUUAACUCAAAGAUUCAGUUCUUCCCCAAAUAACAAUUUAAAAAAGCUUUAUUCUUGUAUAUCAUUUUGUUUCAUGAUAUGAAUUAUACGAUGAUCUCUCACAAGUGUUUUUUUCCUCUCCAUUUCUGUCACUGAUGGAUUUUGGUUCCUUGCCACUGUCACCUUUGUCUUGCUUAGUUUGGGACACUAAAUUUCUGGUAGGAUUGUUGACUUGACUGCAGACAGAAACUAUUUGAACUGAAUUAAGAUGGACGCUGAAUCAACAACGAACUGAGUUGAUCUAGUGUCCUCUUGCAUGAUCAGCACAUGUUUUUUGUGCAGUUAAUGUAUCGACACAAAACAUAUU